AUGGUUCGUGAGAUCAAUACGAGGCCCGAGGUUUGGGAGACGGAAGCACGGCGGCGUGAGUUGGUUGAAGUAGCGCCUGCGAUCAAGCCCGAGGUAUACGGUUCCGGUAUAAAUGUCACCUUAAAUCGACAACUCCAGGAAGUUGUCGGCGACCACGACCCGGCUGAUCCCGGUGGACCUCACGUGGGUAUUACGUUGAAUUCGAAGCCCCAUGAACCCAUCAGUCAGGGAUGGAUCGACGUCGGCGACUCUACGACAGAGAUGCCUCUGAGUGCACAUAAUUCGGGGCCUAUUGAGCAAGGGCAAAGCAGCAUGAAAGCUUCGAGUGCCGAGACCGCCCUGGACGUAAGACUCCACGAAGUCAUCGAUGAGGGGUCCUUGAGCGAAAUACAGAACCUUCUCCAGCAGGGAGCGAACUCGAACACGAUGUCCAGUCAAGGGACCCUUCCCCUCUGCGUGCAAGCCCAGCGCGGAAACCUGGCCGCAGUCAAGGUACUCCUCGACCACAAAGCCGACGUCAACCUGGCAGACUCAAAAGGUAGAACUACGAUAUCAUACGCCGCGGAAAGGACCAACACGGAGAUGGCCCGCCUGCUGAUGGCGGUUCCAGGCAUAGACGUCAACCUCAAAGACGAGGAUCUUCGGGCGCCUUUGUGGGUGAGGAUUGAGGAUGUUGAUGGGGAAGGGAGGGGUUUGUUGCAUCUUGCCGCUACGGCUGGAGCAGCGGACCUCGUGGAGUUUCUAUGUGGCAGAGACGAUGUUGAUGUGAAUCGCCCCGAUGGGAGGAGAAAGACGGCUGUCGCGUAUGCUUUGGAAAGAAAGGAUGAUAGGGCCCUUGGGGUGUUGUUGAAGUAUGGAGCCGGUAUCACGCUGGCUCAGGGCAAGGGGUUUGUGACUGUUUCCCCAAAGCGGAGGCGGCGGUGGGUUGAAGCAAGACUGGUUGAAAUGAGCUUUGGUUUCAGUCUCGGGGAUUUCAUUACUGUCAUCGACAAGGCAAAGAAAUACCAGGAGCGCUUUGCGGCCGCACCUGCUGAGUUUCGGUCCUUAACACAAGACUUCAAGUCUCUUGUCUUCGUUCUCGAGGGAAUCAACCGUGAAAGGGAACAGUACGAGGAUGACGCGAAACAGCAUCUUUCCGACUUAGUGGAAGGGAGUUCCAAGAUACUGGACGACUUGGGAGACAUGUUAGAGAAGACUAGUAGCAUAGAAACUGCAAACCGACCGGGGAAACGUGCCAAGCUAGAUCCCUCAGUGGCAUUUAGCAGAUUCAGGUUGGAUCCCGCACAGGUCCAGACACUCAGAUCACGGAUAUUGUUGAAAGUCCAGCUGUUAGAAGUGAUCAGAAACAGUCGAGACAGCCAAACCAUUCACGCAACUCAGCAGAUCGCGGCCUCGGUGCGCGACGAGCAAGUCAUCCAGAAGCAACAGGAAAUACUUGAUUGGAUUACCCCCGUCGAUUUUUCAGCACAGCAAGAAGACUACUUUUCCCGCAGACAGAGGGCUCGGCUUUACUCGAGGCUGUUCGUGGUGGUGGAUGCCCUGGAUGAGUGUGACUCGUCCAGCCUCAAAACACUCCUUCAAGAAGUCUUUCGGCUACAGAAACAUCAAUCAGCGAACAUUUUUGUAACCUCAAGACCUGUUCCUGAUAUUAUUCAAUUACCCGAAUUUGAUCUCGGUGUUGCCUUGGCAAUUCGAGCCACUGACAACGACCUGAGACGCUAUGUGGAAGGCCGUAUUCCAGAUAUGCAGGAAUUCGUCAAGAAACGCCGUGACCUUCAAGAAGAGAUCAAAAAUGGGGUCAUCCGGAUUGCAAGGGGCAUGUUUUUGUUGGCCCAGCUGUUUCUAGACUCACUUUCUGUGAAAAUUAACGUGACGGCGCUACGUAAAGCAAUCAAUCAAGUUCCCAAUGGCAAUGCUGCAUACUCUAGCAUCUACGACGAAGCCUUGGGAAGAAUAAGAGCACAACCACCAGAUCGUCGUGAGCUUGCAAUUCGAGUCCUCGGUUGGAUUACAUGCGCCAAAAGGCCUUUGACUGCUGUAGAGCUUCAACAUGCGCUCGCAGUUGCAGAAGACCGAAAGGAGAUAGAAGAGGAUGAUCUUACCUCUUUUGAUACCAUAUUAUCAGUUUGCGCAGGUCUCGUCACAAGAGAUGAGGAGACUGGCAUCAUCAGGCUCGUCCAUCAGACCACGCAGGAAUACUUUGACGAAAGAAGGUCCCGACUGUUCGCCGAAAUGGAUUCGGAAAUCGCGACUACAUCUGUCUUUUAUCUCUCAUCCAAGAAUGUACUCCAAGUCAGCGAAGAUGCUCGUUGGCCAGGGAGGCGUGAAGACUAUCGAAUCGCAUGUGUUCCUUACUACGACUAUGCGCUUGUCCAUUGGGGGGCUCAUGCAUGUGAUAGCUCUACCGUACCGAAUGGCGUUGUCGAGUUUCUGCGGGAUCACAGAAUGCUCAAAAAGGCCUUUGAGGUCAUGAAUCAGAUGGGCUUUAUGCAGUUUGAGACAGCAGCUCAGUUGGGAGCGUGGUUCGGUCUCCGCAAGGUUUUCGACACGGGAGCUAUUCUGAUACACGAAGCAUACUCGCCAUACGACCAUGAAAAGACAGCAAUAUGGGUAGCAGCUCGCCAAGGUCAUGCAGAUCUUGUUACAUUCUUCCUCGACAGCGGCACGCUAGAAACGAGCACACAUCCACUGGGACUGGCAUUGCAGGCGGAAUUGCCGAGAACAGCCUGUUCGCACACUUUGUCAGUUCCGUUGGUCCGUUCAACCCUUCGAAUGGCUGUCGGGGCAGGGCAUGUGGGCGUCGUUGAAACUGUUGUCAACUUUUGUGCGAAAAAGACAAUCACCUUUGAGCUCGAAGGAACGUUUGGUACCUCGAUCAUUGAGGGGGCUAUCAAAGGGGAACAAAGAGCAAUCGUCAACAUCUUACUUCAGCACAACUCGCAUUCCGAUUCGGCUUCCACAAUGGAAGGACAUCCUGGCUCUGUGAUGGGCCUGGGAAGUAGCGAAAGCUGCAGCCCUGCUUCGAUUCUCUCCGCAUAUACUAUUAGAGCUGGUUGGCUUGCUGCCAUGGAAUGUCUGUUCACCUCUUGGUACUGCGAAAGCUACGACGAUUGGGCAUCCGCAGCAUUCUCGCUGUUGCUGAGAGCUCAUCACGCUCGUGGCAUGAUUCCUUUGAAUCCCCUGGACCAUGCCAACGAAAUGAAGUGGUUGGUGGCUUCUAAGCCAUAUCCAUACGAGAUGAAGUCAAGGGAGGACGAGAUUAAUAGACUUGCCGAAGGCUGGAAUCCCUUGGUGGGGACUAUUUCAAAUGGGCUUACAAAAACCCUCGAGGUACUCUUGCGUAAUGGCUUCCAGAAAGAAAUUCGCGACAAUUAUGGAAGAACUCCAUUAUCUCGGGCUACAGUCACAGGGAAAGUUGCGGCCUUGAGGCUCCUUUUGAAACAUGGGGCAGAUAUUGAGACUAAGGACGCUAACGAAAGAACGCCUCUACUCCUCGCUACUUUGGCUGAGAAUGAGUCAGUCAUCAAGGUCAUCCUCCAUCACGGGGCUGAUAUCGGGACUCGGGACUCUCAGGGCAUGACUCCUGUGUUGUUGGCUGCUCGUCGAGGGAAUGUCCAUUUGGUGCAGUUGCUCAUAGGACAUGGGACAGACAUCGAGGCCCGAGAUCUGAACGGUCGGACAGCUUUGUCAUGGGCUGCUAGCUCUGGAAACGAGCCUACUUUACAGCUCCUCAUCAAGCAUAAAGGUCAAAUCGAGAGCGUGGACAAUCUAGGGCGGACUCCUCUUUUCUGGGCCACUCACGACGGCAAUAAAAGGAAUGCAGAAGCUCUUAUAGUCCACGGUGCCGACGUUUGUGCCAGAGAUCAGCGUGGCUACACUCCCUUUUGGGGAGGCACGCAGAGUGCUUUCAGUCUGAGGCAAAUUCGCCCACUGUUGGGAGAAGAUGCUAGCGGCCAUAAUGUCAAUCACAGAGACAACAGCAAGAGCACGGCCAUGCUAUUUCAGGUUGCCCUGCGUGGCUCUGCAGACGAACUCAAGUCGCUGCUUGAAAUGACAGACCUGAAUCCUGGCGCAAUAGACAUUCAUGGUCAAACACCUCCAUGGUACGCCAUGCAUUCAGAGCUGGGCCUCGAAAACAGGCAAGAAAUCAUCGAGUUAUUCCUUGCCGAUCCUAGAUUUGGCGCAUGGUGCCUCGAUGGCCAAGAACUCUUGAUGACAGCCAUCAGAGCCAACUUUACAAGUUAUGUCCGGUGCAUAUCAAGUCGGGAAAACGUUGACGUGAACAAGGAGUUCAAAGGGAUAACUCCAUUGAAUUUUGCAGCUGAUCUCGGGUAUCUGGCAAUAUUCAAGAUCAUACUGGAGUGUGGGGCUACGUGGGGAAAAGCAGAAUCCGAUAAUGUCGAGGUUUUGUCCAAAAGCCGUUGGAGAUUUAGGGAUGAGUUGCUGGUAUGGCACUAUUUUCCUGGUCAAUUAUUGUAG